GAACAAGAACAGUUUUUAGAAGUUGUUAAUUGAGUUUUCUUUGCAAUUGAUAUUAGAAAUUAAAUUUAAACUUUGAUUAAUUUAUUUGUGAACCGCCGCGCGGUUGAUAAAAUUACCGAAAUGCCACUCUACAAAAAAUCCAACUUUAAAGCCCACAGUAAAACUCAAAAUUCAUUUAUAUGUCCAUUUGGAAACAAAAAUGCCAGUUUCAUGAAUACUCUCAAGAGCGAUUACGACAAUUUAACAAUCCCUACCAAGAAAAACAUUAUAAACAAUUUAAUAAACUUACCCAGUAGCGGAGACUUAAUGUCAAAAUUAAAAAAGAAGCCUUUUGAGAAAAAUCAUUCAUAUGAAGAAGAAAGAAAAAAAAUUCAUAAAACUAAAUCAAACAACGAAUUCGAAAAACUAGAUUUAACUGAGAAAAAUUUAUCAGAAUUGAGAGCCAUGACCGAAACACCAUCUUCUAUAAGCAGUGCCUUAACAGACUGUGUAUUAACAAAUUUAAAAUUGAACCAAAGCAUCAAUGCAGACGUUGCUUCUGUGAUCAGUGACAGUGGAAUUUCAAAUGUCAUCGAAUCCAGCCAAAGUCUGUAUAACGAAAACAUUUUCAGCCAAGCCUUACACGAUAUGGUUGUUUCAAACAUGAGACUAUCACAGGAUACGUUCAAAAAUAACACAGCUAAAAAAACAGUGACAGAAAAAUCACCGAAAAACAGGAAUAAGUUUGAUUUUUCAAAGAAAAAAUCUGGUGAGUUGAAGAAACGACUGAAAAGCUUUAACAAUUCUGAAGAUGAAAAUAAUCGAAAAAUUAAACAGAAAAAAAGUGAUGUUAAAAAUAAUAAGGAUGAAUUUUCAAAGAAGAAGUCUGGUGAUUUGAACAAAAAAAUAAUAAGCUCUAAUUAUUCUGAAGAAGAAAUUAAUCGAAAAAUUAAAAAGAAAAAAAGUGAUAACAAAAAUAACAAAGAUGAAUUUUCAAAGAAAAAGUCUGGCGAUUUGAACAAAAAAAUAAUCUCUAAUAAUUCUGAAGAAGAAAUUAAUCGAAAAAUUAAAAAGAAAAAAAGUGAUAAUAAAAAUAACAAAGAUGAAUUUUCAAAGAAAAAGUCUGGUGAUUUGAACAAAAAAUUAAUACGCUCUAAUAACUCUGAAGAAGAAAAUAAUCGAAAAAUUAAGCAGAAAAAAAGUGAUGUUAAAAAUAAUAAAGAUGAAUUUUCAAAGAAAAAGUCUGUUGAUUUGAUGAAAAAAUUAAUAAGUUCUAACAACUCUGAAGAAGAGAAUAAUCGAAAAAUUAAACAGAAAAAAAUUGAUGCUAAAAAUAAUAAGGAUGAAUUUUCAAAGAAAAAGUCUGGUGAUUUGAACAAAAAAUUAAUAAACUCUAACAACUCUGAAGAAGAGAAUAAUCGAAAAAUUAAACAGAAAAAAAUUGAUGUUAAAAAUAAUAAGAAUGAAUUAUCAAAGAAAAAGAAGUCCGGUGAUUUGAAGAAAAAAUUGAUAAGCUCUAACAAUUCUGAAGAUGAAAAUAAUCAGAAAAUAAAAAAUAAAACAAACAAAACUAACAAUAAUACUUCUAAAGAUGACAAGUCAGCUAGGGAUAAGUCUGAACAAAAGAAAAUCUCCAAAAAAACUGGCAUUAAAAAAAUGAAUAUAGAUAACUUUAUUGCAAAAAAUGAAAAAAUAGAUACCUCCAAAAAACUAAAGAAAAAAAGCCGUACUGAAAAACAUAUUGAAAAUGGUGAGAAGAAACAGAAAGAUAAGAAGGAAUCGAUCGAAGACCAUUUAGAUGAAUUAAUUGAGUUACAACAAGAUAGAAAUGUUGGAUUAUAUGUUUAUUGUGACCUAUGCGACAAGGUAAGGUACUUACCCGACUGUAAAGAUCCUCUAGACUUACCCGACAAAUGGUACUGUUACAUGAAUCCAGACCCAGAAUACAAAUCAUGCGAAGAUCCUGAUUAUCCCAUAGAGCCAGAAAAGGAAGAACUACUUAUCCAUAAUAGGUUCAACGCUGGCAGUAUUGUGUGGGCUAAAUUGGAAGGGUAUCCAUGGUGGCCAGCCAUGAUUGACGAUGAUCCAGAUUUUAAAAGCUACUUUUGGAUGGAUGAUGAACACAGCAUUAAACCAUCUUGGUACAACGUAACCUUUUUUGAUACCGCCAAAGUGACGAGAGCUUGGAUCAAGAAUAAAGAUUUAGAACCGUUUGAGAUAAACUCAAGAAAUAAGUAUUUUUUGCCCAAAAUCACCGACCAUUAUUACAACAGAAUAAAUACUGCAGUAAACGACGCUAACUAUGCUUGCAAGUUACCUUUGGUCGAUAGACUUAAGACCUUUAGUUUCAUUGGCCGAUAUUUUAAAGAUAAAAAUAGCGAUAGCAAAAAAUACAACAAAAAAUCUAAAUUACAAAAUCACAAAAUAAGAAAAAUUAAAAAAGAUAAAAAAUUAAAAUCGAAAAUUCUGGUUAAUCUAAAUGGAGUUUAUUCCAAAGAAAAAUCUGAGUUGGUUGAAGUACAACCUGAUUGUAACAUAAGUGAGUUAACAUUCACUUCUGAAGAUUUAUCAGAUAUUUUGAAACCGAAAAAAUCUGGAAAGUUCAGAAUUUUGUCUGAUGACGAUAUUCUGAAUUCUAUCGAUUUGACAAGUUUGUGUGAUGAGAAAAGUUUUGAUAGUUAUUUAUAAAAAUAACAGGUUUGCUACUGUUAGAAAGUUUACGUUAAAAAAAUUGUUCUAAUAUUGUUUAUUGUUAUUACAUUAUUUUAUCAUUUUAAACAUUUUUGCUGUUGCCAUUUAGAAAAAGUUCGGAAUCUUGGUUAUAGAUUCUUUUAAUUGGUAAAAAUGUUGUAAUCGU